CGUGAGGCGCUCGGUUCCGAACUUUCCCUUGACAGGCUGAGAAGCGGCCCAGGGGCGGGAACACCGGCUGAGAAGAAGAGCUGGUCGCCUGGGGGCUACGCCACGUCCACGGAAGGCGCCGCCCCGGCCCGUCCUCCUCGCUCAGCCAAUCGCAGGGUGCCUCCCCGCUGACGUGGGGCGCGACGGCCGAUUCGGCGCUCGGGUGGGCGCGCAGGGCGCGCGGGGUGCCCCAGGAGCGGGGCGAGGCGCGUCAUCGUUCGCGGUGCAGCGUGGCGGAAGCCGAAGGGGCGGUCUCGCGCCGGCCUGCGUUCCGUCUCGACCCUCAGCUCUCACCCGCGAGGUCUGGCGGCGGCGACGCCGCGGAAACAGCGGACCCGCUACUGGAACUCUACUUUCAGAACCUCUCAAAAAGAAAACAAGUCAUGGAGAAGAAAGAGAAUAACCGAAAGCUUCGGGUUUGUGUUGCUACUUGCAACCGUGCUGAUUAUUCUAAACUUGCCCCCAUCAUGUUUGGCAUUAAAAUGGAACCUGAGUUCUUUGAACUUGACGUGGUGGUACUUGGCUCUCACCUGAUAGAUGACUAUGGAUGGCCAGAGUAUUGGAGCUUCAGCUCCAAUGAAUGUUCAGGACUCAUCUCCUUCAGGAUGGACUGGUUGUAUCUCCUUGCUGUCCAAGGGACUCUCAAGCGUCUUCUCCAACACCACAGAAACACGUAUCGCAUGAUUGAACAAGAUGACUUUGACAUUAACACCAGGUUACACACGAUUGUCAGAGGGGAAGAUGAGGCAGCCAUGGUGGAGUCAGUAGGCCUGGCCCUUGUGAAGCUACCGGAUGUCCUUAAUCGCCUGAAGCCUGACAUCAUGAUUGUUCAUGGAGACCGGUUUGAUGCCCUGGCUCUGGCUACCUCCGCUGCCUUGAUGAAUAUCCGGAUCCUUCACAUUGAAGGGGGGGAGGUCAGCGGGACCAUUGACGACUCCAUCAGACACGCCAUCACGAAGCUGGCUCAUUAUCACGUGUGCUGCACCCGAAGUGCGGAGCAGCACCUGAUAUCCAUGUGUGAGGACCACGACCGCAUCCUGCUGGCAGGCUGCCCUUCCUAUGACAAGCUGCUCUCCGCCAAGAACAAGGACUACAUGAGCAUCAUUCGGAUGUGGUUAGGUGAUGAUGUAAAACCUAAAGAUUACAUUGUUGCUCUCCAGCACCCUGUGACCACUGACAUUAAGCAUUCCAUAAAAAUGUUUGAAUUAACAUUGGAUGCACUUAUCUCAUUUAACAAGCGGACCCUAGUUCUGUUUCCAAAUAUUGAUGCAGGGAGCAAAGAGAUGGUCCGAGUGAUGCGGAAGAAGGGCAUUGAGCACCACCCCAACUUCCGGGCCGUUAAGCACGUCCCGUUUGACCAGUUUAUACAGCUGGUUGCCCACGCUGGUUGCAUGAUUGGGAACAGCAGCUGCGGGGUACGAGAAGUUGGCGCUUUUGGAACACCUGUCAUCAACUUAGGAACACGUCAGAUUGGAAGAGAAACAGGGGAGAAUGUCCUUCAUGUCCGGGAUGCUGAUACCCAAGACAAAAUAUUGCAAGCAUUGCACCUUCAGUUUGGUAAACAGUACCCUUGUUCAAAGAUAUAUGGGGAUGGAAAUGCUGUUCCAAGGAUUUUGAAGUUUCUCAAAUCUAUUGAUCUUCAAGAGCCACUACAAAAGAAAUUUUGUUUUCCUCCUGUGAAGGAUAACAUCUCUCAAGAUAUUGACCAUAUUCUUGAAACUCUAAGUGCCUUGGCUGUUGAUCUUGGCGGGACGAACCUCCGAGUUGCAAUAGUCAGCAUGAAGGGUGAAAUAGUUAAGAAGUAUACUCAGUUCAAUCCUAAAACGUAUGAAGAGAGGAUUAAUUUAAUUCUACAGAUGUGUGUAGAAGCCGCAGCAGAAGCUGUAAAACUGAACUGCAGAAUUUUGGGAGUAGGCAUUUCCACAGGUGGCCGUGUAAACCCUCGGGAAGGAAUUGUGCUGAAUUCAACCAAACUGAUUCACGAAUGGAACUCUGUGGACCUCAGAAGCCCCCUGUCUGAUACUUUGCAUCUCCCUGUGUGGGUAGACAAUGAUGGCAACUGUGCAGCCCUGGCAGAAAGGAAGUUUGGCCAAGGAAAAGGCCUUGAAAACUUUGUGACACUCAUCACAGGCACAGGGAUUGGCGGGGGCAUCAUCCAUCAGCAUGAACUGAUCCACGGCAGCUCCUUCUGUGCUGCAGAGCUGGGCCACAUCGUGGUGUCCCUGGACGGGCCUGACUGUUCCUGUGGAAGCCACGGCUGUAUUGAAGCCUACGCCUCCGGAAUGGCCUUGCAGCGGGAAGCCAAAAAGCUACAUGACGAAGACCAGCUCUUGGUGGAAGGGAUGUCUGUGCCAAAAGAUGAGGCUGUGGGCGCACUCCAUCUCAUCCAGGCUGCAAAACUGGGCAACGCGAAGGCCCAGAGCAUCUUAAGAACAGCUGGAACAGCUUUAGGUCUUGGGGUUGUGAACAUCCUCCACACUAUGAAUCCUUCCCUUGUGAUCCUCUCUGGAGUCCUAGCCAGUCACUACAUCCACACUGUCAAAGACGUCAUCCGCCAGCAGGCCUUGUCCUCGGUUCAGGACGUGGACGUGGUGGUUUCAGAUUUGGUGGAACCUGCUCUGCUCGGCGCCGCCAGCAUGGUUCUGGACUACACGACGCGCAGGAUCUACUAGGCCUCCCAGGAGUGCACAAGGACAGAGAUGCGAGAGCUCCUUGGUGGAGCCAGGUUGUCUCCUAGAUGAGCAUUUCUUACUAGGCAAUCUGGCAGGUGACUACGGCAGAGAAGUGUUUGCUUUUAGUCUCCUCCUCCAAAGUCACUUUUCCCAACCUGAUUUUGUAGAUGCUGCUCCUCCUGGGGUUAUUUCAGCUCAAACCUUGUCACACUCUUCUGUGCCAGAAGGAGCUACAGGAGUAGCCAAGGGUGCCUUAGGACUCCGUUCACUAGAUGUACCACUCAGACCUGCAGGCCUUGCUUGGGGCGGCACCUUGAUACUGGAGUUUUGAGUUAUUAAUCCUUCCUCCUCUGACCCUAAAUUCAGAACACAGAAAGGGAUCCAGUCAGGGAAUGGAAAGAAAUCCCACCACAAAAGGCUUAAGUAAACUCUUAAAAAGCAGUUUUAUUGAGGUAUUUUUUUAAGUGCACAAUUCGGUAAGUUUUGACAUCUAUAUGAAAUCAUGGCCACAAUCAAGAUAUCAGGCGUAUCUCUCACUGCCGUACGUCACUUGCUGAAAGAUGUCGUUUGCUAUUACUCUCUCAGAAUCUUGAGCAACUGUAGAUUGGGGUCUGAAUUACAGUGGCCUUAAGGGACCUUGUCCUUAUCUUCUUAAGGACUGCUGAGAAGCCACUAGGACUUAGCCUCUGAAAGGAGAUUAACCACCCCAGAAGGAUCUUUGUUGCUGAGAACAGGCGUCUCUCUUCAGCAGCUUUUCACAUGGUGUUGAAUAUGGCUGGAGUACUGAUAAAGGCAGGGUCUGUUGUGCGUCAUAUACCUAGAGCCCUGGAGGCUCAGACUUACGGUCUGCCUACAAGGCGGGAGACCUGGGUUCAGUCCCUGGGUCAGGAAGAUCUCCUGGAGAAGGAAAUGGCAACCCACUCCAGUAUUCUUGCCUGGAAAAUCCCAUGGACGGAGGAGCCUGGUAGGCUACGGUCCGUGGGGUCACAAAGAGUCAGACACGACUGAGCGACUUCACUUUUGCCCAGAGCCCACAUCUGUGAAUCUGGAUUCUGGCUAAAUAACGAUUCCAUGCCUGUACUGGUGUCAAGAUACAGAGGCCAAGGUUCUUGCUAUCAAUUUCAACCUGGAAGAAAUACUAAUAGCCACCACUUAUUAAGUGCCUACUGUGUGCCAGGCUCUGAACUUGGUGCUUCAUAUACAUUAUUCUAAAUUCUCACAACCAGUAAGGUAGGUGUUUUAAUUCCCAUUUUAUAGAACCCCAAACUAAGUCUUAAGUGGUGUGCCUAGAGCCACGUGGCUAAUGAGUCUUAAAGAUAAGGUUUGAGGCGGGUCCCUCUGUGCUUUUUCUGCUAAGCUACACAAGCUCUAUUCAUAUCAAAAUCUUCCAAAGUGCAAAUAUAUUCUGAUUUAUUCCAGGCUACCGAAAGCUUUCAUAGUAUCUCAGUAGCAAAUGAAUUGCUUUAUCCUUGACACUCUCAGUGGUGAAUUUAAUAAAAUAUUCUUGUAUGCUGUGGAAAUUUUGCCAAUAUAGUAUUUCGUCUAGUGACAGGUUUUUAUGGGUACUUUUAGACAAUCUAAAAAUUAGCAUAUGUUUUUAAGAUUUAUUAUUUUAGGAAAACUUGAAGGUUUCUACAACAUAUUUCACUUGUUCACAUAUGAAGGAAUCAAGAUUAUUGUAUUUGAAUUCCUUCCUUCCUGGUGGGUUAAUGUGAAAAGAGGUUGGCUGAUUCCUAGAACUGUGUCAGCUCUGAAAUAAUCUCCAGGUCCUGGUUGAAACAUUCCACGUUGAUUCCUGGGAAGGAAGCUUGAUGGCUUGACCACCAGUGUCUGGGGCCAGUCAGUGUACUGUGAAGGGGCAUCCGUUGUUCCUUGGUGAAAUCUACAACCACUGUAUAUACCAGACAGUUGCACUGCUAUCAAGUUAUACCAAAUAUUUGGAAGAAUGGUACUGAAUCUAUAAAACCAGAUCUCAGUUUUUAAAUUCAUGGAAAAGCUAAUAUAUUCCAACAUAAUUAUUACGACAAGCUAAAAUGAUCAUUUUAAUUUAUUUUAAUGUAAAUAUUUUUAUGUUACUGUUCUGAGCCAAAUUCUAAAGAAAAAAUAAAUUAUUUCCUUGUGGAAAUCCUGACA